AUGGCGGCGAUGCGGAAGGCCGGAGGCGCGAACGAGGCAGCGUCGGAGGAGACCGUGGUAGCAGAGGUCACCGCGCAGCCGCGCGGCGCCGUGCUUGUGCUAGACGAGAAGUCGCGCAAGGUGGUGGCGGCGAGCGAGAAUGUACUGCUCUUUAUCCCCGACGUGCGCGCGGCCGGCGGAGUGGUGUCGGAGCACGAGGGCGCGUCCGCGGUCAUAGGCCGCCACCUCAGCGAUGUCUUCACCACCUCUCAGACGCUGUCGGACCUGGAGGCGCUGGUUCAGCGCACAACGGCGCACAGCGCGAGCGCGUGCCAGAUCAGCGGGCCGCGACCGGGGCAGUCGUACUGCGUGUCGGCGUGCCGCACGGGCGCGGGGGUGGUGCUGAGUGUGGAAGACGACAACGAGCAAGAUUUACAGGAGGUCGACGUGCCUCCUCCGUUAUCGGCGGCGGGAGGGCCGAGCACGGCGUCGGCGGCGCCGUCGCUGCCGUUCCACCAGCUGGCUCGGCGCGCCAUCGACCGCAUGCAGAGCAUCAACAGCGUGUCGCCGCACGUGCACGCCUUCUGCGACGCGGCCGCGCAGGAGCUGCGCACGCUAACGGGGUACGACCGCGUCAUGAUCGCGCACAUCACCGACGAGGCCUGCUGCAAGAUCAUAGCGGAGUCAUGUGUGAGCGAGCUCACAUCUUUCCGCGGAAAGCACUUCCCUCUGCCGCCCGUGCCCAAGAUCUGGACGGACGAGGCCAUCAAGCAGCACAUCCCCAUGCGCUUCAUCUAUGACACGUCAGCAGGGCAAGUUCCCAUUCGCCACGUGGCCUCCCUAUCCACCCCGCCCGAUCUCAGCCUCUCCCCACUCUCAGGCGUGGAGAGCGCGCAGAGGCAGCUGCUGCGCGCCAUGGGGGUGUGUGCGGUGCUGCUGAUGCCACUAGCUCUGCACGUGGGCGAUCGCCACGUGCUCUGGGGCUUCGUGAUCUUCCACCAUUACAACCGCCCCUGGACCGUCACCUGCGCGCACCGCGCCGCCUGCACCUUCAUCGUUCAGGCCCUGCGGGCGCACCUAGCGACGCGGGUGAAGAGUGAGGAGCGGGCGGAGCGGCGGCGGCAGGAGGCGAUGCAGACGAGCAUCUGUGACCGGCUGACGUACCAGGUGGCGCCGUCCCUCGUCACCGAAAGCCCCUCCAUCAUGGACCUCGUGCCAUGUGACGGAGUGGCAUACGUGCACACAGAGAGGGCGCAGGUGGUCACCUUCGGCACAUGUCCCACAGACGAUCAGGUGCGUCGCCAUGCCAUCACGCCCCACCUAGCUUCCACGCGCCUCAGAACGCCCCAUAGCACUGCUCAUAUAGUUCUUCUGACAGUCAUGUGCUCAACUACUUCUCCAUCCACUCCCCCCUUCCCCCUUCCCCCUUCGCCUCCGCUCUCCACCCUCUCCUCUCAACCAACUCCACCGCCUUCCAAUCAACCCACCCGCUCCCACCUGCGCUCUGCCCGUGCCCCCUCCCUUUCACCCCCGUCACGCCUCACACCCGCUCACCAGGUGCUGGCUAUGGUGGCAUGGAUGCAGAGCUCGUCGCGCCUGUGCGUGACCAAGCCAGUGUUUGCGCCACUCGUGUCCUCCUCCGCGCGACCAGGCGACUGGGGCCCUGCGUGGGCGCUGCACUGCACCGUGGCCGCCGCUGCCAUUGCUGACGCCGACGUGCUGCUCUGGUUCCGCCACCGUCAGCCAGCAGCGCCAUCUGGACUGGGCGUGGGCGGAGCCGCUCACAGCAGGCUCUAUUACAGCCCUCUCACCGCCCCUCUCUCCGUGUGCCCUUUCCCUCAUGUGCCCCUCCCCCACUAUGCCUCCCCCCGUGUGCCCCUCCCCCCCCUGUGCCCCUCCCCCCGUGUGCCCCUCCCCCCGUGUGCCCCCCCCCCCCCGUGCGCCCCUCACCCCGUGCGCCGCUCUCUGUGUCUGCCAGGCCAGCAGCGCCAUCUGGACUGGGCGUGGGCGGAGCCACUCACAGCAGGGGCGCCGCACUGCGGCACGGGCAAGGGCAGCAAGGGGGGCAAUGAGUGCAGCAAGGGGAGCGGCGAGAGAAGCAAGGGGGGCGGCGAGGGCAGCGAGGGCGCAGGGGCGUGGGGCGAGGCGGGCAGGGAUGAGGGCAUGCUGCUGGCCAUGCAGCCUGCUGGGUGGACCCAGUCCGAGGUGGUUGCAGUGGAGGGGCUGCAGCGCAUGGCGUACGACGCACUCAGGGGCAACAGCGAGCCCAUGAAGACCAUGAUCCUCGUGCGGUUGAACGAGGAGAGGCUGAGGGCGAUGCAGGACCUGGCGAUAGUGGCGAGGGACCUGGGGCGAAUGAUGGACAUAGCGCACACGCCCAUCCUCGCUGUGGCCCGUGACGGCCGCAUCACCGAGUGGAACCAGCGCCUCGCGCAGCUCACUCGCCGCCCCAAGGCGUCGGUGGUGGGGCAGCUGCUGUCGUCGGUGGUGUGUGCGGGCAGCAUGCAGCAGCUGCAGGCGCGGCUACAGCAGGUAAUGGCGGGCAAGGGGCAGGCGCAGGAGCAUGUGGAAAUCCUCCUGCGCUGCCCUCCCAAGGGCAAGCCCGCACGCACGCCCGGCGCAUGCGGGGGAAAGGGGCAGGGGAACGGCAGCGAGGGGGACGGGGUUGGGGAGGAGGACGACGAAGACGAGGAGGAGGAGGUGGGGAAAGAGGGGAAGGAGGAGGGUGAGGGGGAGGAGGAAGAAGAGGAGGAGGUGAUGGUGCUGAUGGCGACGGUGUCCCCCCAGCGGGAUGGGCUGAACGAGAUAGUGGGGGCGACGAUGAUCGGGCAGGAUGUGACGGAGCAGCGGCGCACCAUGCAGCAGUGGGCGGAGAACGAGACGCGCGCCGUGCCCAGCGACUAUGAGCAGAUACUGGACAAGGCCAGCAUGCCCAUCUGGGCUGUGGACAAGGAUGGCCGCAUUGUGGAGUGGAAUGCGUCCAUGGCUAAGACAAGCGGCAUCAGCAAGGAGCAGGCGGUGGGGAAGCGCAUAAUGGGCGACCUGGUGGGGGACGAGCGCGUGCUGAUGGUGCCCGACAGCGACACACUGCUCUCCCUCGACUUCGCCAUCCACCGCGCCCUCGCCGGCCACCGCACGCCCACGCUCAACUUCCGCUUUGUCAACCACGAGGGCCGCCAGGUCGAGUCGGUGAUCAGCAUGCGCGCGUGCCAUGACCCGCAGGAUGAUGGGGAUGGCGCAGAUGGGGGAGGAGGAGGCGCGGGGAAGGGGUCCCGCGUGCUGUGCUUCAUGCAGGAUGUGACCAUGCGCAAGGCGGUGGAAAAAGCCAUGGUGGUGCGCCAUGCGGCUGAAGCGGCGGAGGAUGCCAAGUCCCGGCACCUGGCGUUCCUGUGCCACGAGAUUCGCAACCCGUUGAAUGGUAUUCUCGGGAAUAUCACCUUCAUGGAGGAUACGAGGCUGUCGGAGGAGCAGCAGGAGCUGGUGGAAACCACCGCGACGUGCGGUUACCAGCUGAGGAAGAUCGUCGAAGACGUGCUGGAUAUGAGUCAGAUACAGGAGGGGCGGAUAGAGCUGGAGAGGCACGAGCUGAACCUGCCGAGGAUAGUGAACGCGGUGGUGAGCCAGGUGGGGCUGGCGGCGGCUAAGAAGGGCCUGCAGCUGUACGCGAACAUCGACCCGCGCUGUAAUGACGUGCGCCCGCUGGGAGACGCUCCCAGGCUGCAGCAGAUCCUAUCCAACUUCGCAUGGAACGCCAUCAAGUUCACGCACGCUGGAUGGGUGGAGAUCGGUAUCGCCAUGCACCCCAGCCACCUCCCGUCGCCCUCCUCCUCCUCCUCCUCCUCCUCCCUCACCGCUCUCUCCAAAGCGGCAGCCGGCGCAAGCGGCAAGGGCAAGGUGGGGAGCAGCAGCGGCGGCGGGGGAGGCGAGGGGGCGGAGGGAGAGGAGGAGAGCGCGCGGUUUGUGUUCCGAGUGGCGGACUCGGGCGAGGGUAUCCCCGAGAGCCUCAAGCAGCGGCUCUUUGAGCAGUUCGCCACGGGCCGCAAGUCCGCCUCCAGCCAGGGGUGUUGGGUUGGGGAUAUGGUGUGGAAGGGGGAGGGUGAGGGAGAAGGGGAGGGUGGGUGCUGCAUGGUCAGGGAGGGGUAUGGGUGGGGUGUAAGGUAUGGCGGCACAGGGCUAGGUCUCUCCAUCUGCCAGCAGCUAGCGUCGCUGAUGGGGGGGGAGAUCAAGUGCACGUCGGAGGUGGGCAAGGGCUCUAUUUUCUCCCUAGAGGUGCAACUGCACCUGCUCCCGCCCCACACCCACACCCACACCCACACCGCCCAUGCUGCCACCACUCCAAGUGGCCUGCCCGCGCCCCCUUCCCCCCCGUCCUCCUCCGCCUCAUCCCCUCCGCCCUCCCCCUCCGCCACCGGCCCCCUGGCUCUGCCUCCGCUCCCCCCUCCCCCCUCCCAAGCCCCUGGCUCUGCUGCUCUGGGCGCAGGCGCGGGUGCGGGUGAGGGGGUGGGCAGUGCGGUAGGGCAGGCGCGGGGGCAGGCAGAGGGGGAAGCAGUGCGGCAGCAAGGGGGGAUGGUGGCGCGCAGAGGGGGAGAGGCGGAGGGAGGUAGUGGGAAGCAGGGUGGGGGUGAUGCGGGGAUGCCAGGGGGGGGAGUGGGGAGGGAUGGGGGUGGGCCUGAUGCGGAGGAGCACAGGGGAAGGAACUGGGAGGGGAGGGGAACGGCCGAGUCUGGGUGGAAGGUGCGGCAGCAGCAGCAGCAGCAGCAGCAGCAGCAGGAUGAGGGGAGGGAGGAGAUGGGCUUUGAGAGAGCAUUGGAGCACAGGGGAGGAGUGGCAAGGGGUGGGGAGUCAAGCGCCCAGUUGACUAGUGGGGGGCCUGCAGCAGCAGCCACGCACAGCAGCGGUCAGAUGGAUACAGCAGCACGGGAAGUGGCGCCGGUGGUGACAGGGGGAAGGGGAGGAGGGGGGGAUGGAGAGUAUGUGUCUGGGGAAGGAAAGGGAGGAGGGGGAGGAGAAGGAGGAGGAGCAGGCGGAGGAGGAGGGGGGGGAGGGGGGAAGGGGGGUGGUGAGUUUCGUGAGCCGUCGUUCCAGUCGGGAGAGGCAGCGUCAUCAGAGGGACCAGCAGCGCACAUGCUGCACACACUCCUGCUCAACUCCCGCCUCCAUAAAUCAUCCCCCUCACUCCGCCCGCCGCCCGCAGCAACCUCUCCUCUCAAGCGCAGCCCAUCCACCUCCUCUCCCGCUGCUGCCCCCCCUGCACACCCCACCAUCCAUUCCUCCUCCUCCUCGCCCUCUCUGCCCUCUUUACCCUCCCUCUCCUGCUCCGCACCCCUCAACUCUUCCACUCCUACCAUCCCCCCUUCUCCCCGCCCUCCCUGUCCCUCCGCCCCGCGCUCGCCCCGCCGCCCGCCCACACCAGGGAGGGGGGUGGCGCAGAGAGGGGGUGGGGGAGGGAGCAGCUUGGCAGGUGCAGCGGGCACAACAGGUACGCGAAUCAGUGGGAGCAGUGGUUUGGAAACAGGCCGUCAGCAGCAGCAGCAGUCGCAGCAGCAGCAGCAGCAGCAGCAGCAGCAGCAGCAGCAGCAGCAGCAGCAGCAGCAGCAGCAAGAGGAACAGCAAGCACCACAGCAGCAGCGUUGGCAGCAGGGCCUUCCUGGGUUGGCAGUUGUGGUGGAGCAGGGGUAUGAUGAAACGCACACCACGCCUUCCCACCACACUGCACCGCGUGGCUCCUCUCCUGCUUCUUCCUCUGCUGCUGCUGCUGCUGCCGCUGCUGGUGGCGGUGGCAGUUUCAGUGAAGCAAGUCCAGCAAGUGAUUUGCCUGGGGGGUUCAACAUUGAAGCACUCACAUCAGGCACCCAAUCUGACCCCAACAACCCUUGGACAUUCGACCACACCAGCCAGCAGCACUACAGCCAAUACCCGCCACUGCCCCGAGCCGGUACCCCAUCUCCGCGUCAAAUGGCCGCCUCGCCUGAAGCCAUGCGCGCUGACUCUCUGCUGAGUCAGCUGCCGUCCUCGGUGUUCCACCUGGCGCGGCCGGCGCUGAGGGAGCGAAUGGCGGCCUCCUCCAACGGCGGCAUCCCAACUCGCUCCUUCACCGACCCUUCCCGGCGCUCCUUUCCCCCCCGCUACCCCCCGCCUGAUGCCCCCCCUGCUGCUGCAGCCGACGGCGCCGCUGGUGCCGGUGGCAGUAGCAGCAGCAGCAGCAGUGGUGGUGUCAUUCUGCAGAGGUCGCUGUCAUCUCCUUUAUCCGGUGCACCAGCCGCCGUCCGUGGCAGUGCGUCAGCAGCAGCAGCAGCGCACUCACACCAUGCUGCCGCGUCGCUGAUUGCACCGCCCCUUGCCAGCAGACCCAUGGUAGCGUGUGCGGAUGGGAGGAGUGUGGAGGGACAGGGUGACGGAACGAGUGCAGGGCUGCAGGGAGCUUUUGCUGGCUAUGCGCGAUCUUCUUCUGCCCUCACAGGCGUGACCCCAGCUGCUUCCCAGCAGCAGCAGCAGCAGCAGCAGCAGCAGCAGCAGCAGCAGCAGCAGCAGCAGCAGCAGCAGCAGCAAGUGCAAGCAUUUGUGGUCCCGUCAGCAGUGCAACAACCCGCACACACAACGCUCCCUCUCUCCCCGUACAUACCUUCCUCUCCCACGCCACCAGGAGCAGCUGCAGCAGCAGCAUCGCCGUCAGGUUCGUCUGCACCAAGUGCAGCAGGCGCAGGGUCCGGGGCAGGAGGCAGUGCUGCAAUCGUGCAAGCAGCGGCAGCGGCAGCAGGCAUGGUCACUGCAGCAGCCACGGCCGUGGCAGCAGCAUCAGUGGCAGCAGCAGCAGAGGCAUCUACUCGACAAGCAGCAGGCGCGGAUGGAGCAGUGGAAGGGGCGUCUAUUAUAGACGAGCUGAGGAGGUGCAUGAAAGGAGAGUGGAGUUUCCACGUGGUGAGAGAGGUGGUGGCUAGUGAUGCUGUGGCAGUGCUUGUAGAGUUGACAGUGGGGUCUACGGUGCGGCAGCAGUGGGGCGCUAUGCCCUGCCCGGCCCCCAUCACGCCUGCGCUCAUGCUCCCCGCUGCCACCUCGCAAGCUCUCUCUGCUGCUGCUGCUCUCUUUGGGGUUUCUCUGGGUGGUGUGCAGGGGGGCCGGGAUGUGGGGCGGGGAGGGGAGGAGGAGGAAGGAAGGGAGGAAGGGGGGCCGGGAUGGGUGAGGAGCAAGGGGAGGAAGGGGAAGGAGAGGCAGGAGGAAGGGGGCUGUGUGCGUAGGAAGGGGAGGAGUGGGAGCGCGAGUGGGAGGGGGGAGUUAGGAAUAGGAGGGCUAGAGAGUGUCACAGAGGAGGGCUGGGUCGGAGCAGAGGAGGGGCAGGGGCAGGAGGUAAGAGACAAGGGAUGCCGCCCAACAGCCGGGCCCUCCAGGCAGCAACAGUGGCAUGCCCCGCCAGACCCUGACAGCUGGCAGCCGCCCAGUAGGUACGGCGGGGGGCAGGGUGAAGGAGGAAAGGGCGUGCGUGUGCCUGGGUCCAGCAUGGUCCGAGUGCGUUCCGCCCCCUCUCUCUCCCUGCUCGUCUGCCCCCCCUCACCUUCCACUCCCGACCCUUCCCCUGCCGGCCCCUCUCCCGCCGGCCCUCUCCCUCCUGCAAAGCCCUUGGUGAAUGGAGCGAUGGGAUUUGGGGGCAGGCGCGCGGGAUUGCGGCAAGGGGGGAGGGUAGGGGAAGGACAGGCUACUACACUCAGAGUGUCCUCUCAGCCACACUCACCCCCCUCCUAUUCCUCCUCUUCCUCCACCUCUUCCGCCUCCUCCUCCUCAUCCGCCUCCUCCUCCCAGUCGUCCCCCCGGCAUCUACCGCACGCCCUCGUGCGUGCUCUGAAGCCAAACCUCGGCACGCUUUCCGCAUCGCCCCUUGCUGCUGCCACGGCUGCAGGGGGUGCAGCUGGUAGGGCUGCAGGGGCAGGGGGGACAGCAGGGCUAGGGGGAGUGGCAGGAGGAGGAGGGGUAGCAGGAGCAGGGGGGGUAGCAGGGGCAGGGGGGACAGCAGCAGGGAGCUCGCCAUACUUCUCACGAGAAGCAUCGAAGCUCAUGGGCGCUUUGAACCUGUCUCUGCACAAAGCCACCAAUGCCCCUGCUGCCCUCGCCACACCCGCUCAGCAAGAGCCCUUGCCAGGCUCUUGGAACGGCACGGGAGCAGCACGAGGGCCCACAGGCUUUCCUGUGUUCUCACACAUGCCUCGCCUGCAGCCCGCUGCGUCCCUCCCGUCCUCCUCCUCCGUCACCUCCCAUCCUCGCAAGCGCGCAUCGGACCUUUUCUCCAUGCCCACUCCCCCCCCGUCAGUGCAGCCGCAGAGAGACACUCAGCAAACAGCAGCAGCAGCAGCAGCAGCGUCGGGAGCAAUGGGAACACAAGGGGCAGAGGUGGAGGGUGGGGAAGUGGUAAGGGAGAUGCUUGGUGCUGUGGAAGUGGGCAGGGGAGGUGACACUAUCAGGCAGGCAGAGUGCUGGGCGCAGUUUGAGGUGGUGGCGGGGUCGGAUGGCAUGGAUGCCGUGGAGCGAGUCAUCAAGCGCGGAGAACGCUUCGAUGCCCUGCUGCUCGAUGAGAGGCUCAAAGUAAUGAAUGGCAGUGAGGCGUGCAUGCGUGUGAGAGAGUAUGAAGCAGCCAAUGGGCUCCUGGAGACGCCUAUUGUGGCCAUUUCAGCCAAUGUGGAGCCCGAUGAUAUCGUAAGCCAACUCCUUCUCCCACUUUUCUCCCUGCAUGCAACACAUUCAUUCCCCUAG